CCUAGUCUGUUUUUCCCAAGCCAUUGCAAGGCCUGUUAGCAUUUGUAGAGCUAGCUAGCUUAGCUUCAGCUCACACCUACAUAUAUCAGCUCUCACAGUCUCAAAACACAUCAUGGCAAAUGACUCAUUGACAAGGAGCCAUAUAGUUGGAGAUGUGUUAGACCAAUUUUCAAACUCAGUGCCUCUAACUGUGAUGUAUGAUGGGAGGCCUGUGUUUAAUGGCAAGGAGUUCCGUUCCUCGGCAGUCUCGAUGAAACCUAGAGUUGAGAUUGGUGGCGAUGAUUUUCGAUUUGCCUAUACCCUAGUUAUGGUGGAUCCUGAUGCUCCUAAUCCCAGCAACCCAACCUUGAGGGAAUACCUGCACUGGAUGGUGACUGAUAUCCCAUCAUCGACGGACGAUAGCUUUGGGCGGGAGAUCGUAACAUACGAAAGCCCAAGCCCCACCAUGGGCAUCCACCGCAUCGUGAUGGUGUUGUAUCAGCAGCUUGGGCGCGGCACGGUGUUCGCGCCGCAGGUGCGUCAGAACUUCAACCUGCGCAGCUUCGCGCGCCGUUUCAACCUCGGCAAGCCGGUGGCCGCCAUGUACUUCAACUGCCAGCGCCCGACAGGCACAGGUGGGAGGAGGCCAACCUGAUCUGAUCAAUAUCGAUCGAUCUUCGAUCUUCUAGCUCUUGUACAUGUUGAGUGUUGACCAAUAUAAUGGCCACUCAUGCAUAUAUAUAUAU